AUGGUUGCAGGAGAUUUAAACUGUGACUUAUUAAAAUGUUCGCCUGAAUCUGAUGCUUUCUAUAAUCUAUGUUCUAUUUUAAAUCUAUCGCAGUUGGUAACACUUCCCACGCGUGUUACACCUACUACGUCUUCGCUAAUCGACGUAAUUAUGACAUCGAAUACAGCCAUCAUUAAAGAGACUAGAGUUAUUGAGACUCACGUCAGCGAUCACCAUUUAAUUGAUACGUGCGUUAAUAUGAAAUUGCCCAAGCCACCAGUUAUUUAUACAACAUCACGAAGCUAUAAGAAAUAUCAGCCAAAACACUUAGAGAAUGAUCUAGUCCAAAUUUCCUGGCAAGACAUCCUAUGUACAGAUGAUGUUAAUGACAAAGUCGAUCAAUUUAAUCGCGUUUUUCUCGCAGUUUUGGAUAAACACGCACCACUGAAGACUACAAAAUUGAAAUAUCGGUCUAUGCCUUUCAUAGACCAAAACGUGAAAGAACUUAUGAGUAAGAGAGAUAAAAUGUACAAAAUAGCCCGACAGACUGGAGCCCUACGUGAUUGGAAUCAAUACACAAUGAUGCGUGAUGAUGUCAAAAGAAAGCUGAGGGAAUCUGAAAGAAAAUAUGUAAAUAAAGAGUUGGAGAAAAACCAUAGCAGCAAUGCUAUGUGGAAAGUCAUACGGAAAUGCAUUCCUAGAAAAGAGAUGACGAAACCCGUAUAUACCAAGGAUAAGAAGUUACUUGCCGAGGAAUUCAACGAAUAUUUCACAACAGUUGGCCGACGUACUGCGAAUCUGUCUGAGAAUUUGGGAACUGAGCAUAAUUUAUUUCAACUACAGCUUUCUCAAAACGCUGUUAGUGGGAUAUUUGAUGAGUUUAAAUUUUACGCGGUCACCUCGGAGGAAAUACGGCAGAUCGUUAAUCAUUUUUCACCAAAUAAAGCACCUGGUUGGGAUAAAAUUACGGUAAAUCUUAUUAAGGAUUCGUUAAUCUUUAUUCUUCCUAUAAUUACAGACUUAGUUAACAGUUCCCUCCUGACUUCUGUUUUUCCAACAGCGUGGAAAAGAUCUGAAGUCACCCCCGUAUUGAAGGAAGGAGACUACCAAGUGGCUGAUAACAAUCGCCCCAUUUCGCUGUUGCCGGUACUCUCAAAGGUGUGUGAACGGGUGGCUCUCAAGCAAAUGAAUGAUUAUAUGGAAAGUAGAAAACGCCUAACAAAACAUCAAAGUGGGAACCGUAAACUUCAUUCAACGGAAACUUUAAAUACAUUCCUAACGGAUAUAUAUCUGGACGCUAUUGAUAAAAAAACUGUUACUGCUGUCAUACUUUUGGACCUAUCAAAGGCGUUUGAUAGUUUGAACCAUCCUUUGCUCUUAAGAAAGCUCUAUUCAUUUGGAAUUUCUAAACACGCUCUUGAGUGGUUUAAAAGCUAUUUGACUGGCAGGAUCCAGUCAGUACGGAUUGAUAGUGAAUUGUCCGAACCACGUGAAAUAACGCACGGUGUGCCACAGGGGUCAAUAUUGGGUCCAGCACUAUUUAAUAUUUACAUUAAUGAUCUACCUGGUGUUCCCAAUACGUGCUUACUCGAGUCAUUCGUUGAUGAUUCCAAAUCGUUCUUGUCUUUCGCAGUGAAGGACGUGGAAAGUGCUAAAAUCCAGUUAAAUGAGGACUUGGAAAGAAUUGCUGCCUGGAGCUGCCAAAACAGUUUGUUAAUGAAUCCCGAUAAAACAAAAUUGUUGUUGAUAGGAUCACCUCAAAUGCUUAAGAAAAUUCCAGCAAAUUUUUGUCUCACACUCUUGGGGAAGGAGAUAUAUCCG